AUGGAAAAACUGGGAACAAAGCAACGUGUCAUAAUUGCACUAUGUCUUGUCAUGAUUAUUAUUAUUCCUCGUCUGAUGCACAGAGCAACUGAAGAAUUUUCAACCAAAUAUCACAUACAUAGCAAAAUCAAUGAGAGUAAUACAUCUAUAACCCUGAUUGAAGGCUCCCCGCAUUUCAUGGUUUCUGCUUUCUUUGAUCAUAGAGAGACAGAGACUAUUCGAAUAAUUAGCAUCAUUAAGAGGGACAGUCUGAAGCCACUUUACUGCGUUUACUGUAACACACAAAAAUACUGCCAGGUUGGUAAGGCAGACGUUGACACUCACAGUGAUCAUUUCGGCUUCCCAUUUGUUGCUUCAGAUGUGUUGUGUCGAGGCAAGUACAUCCAUGAUGCCACACAUAUCACAAUCUCAACCACUUCAGUAAUUUCAGGCAACCACAGUAAAGUUUUUCUGCCUGUCAGGAAUAGGCAGAAGACAGACUGGUUCCGUUACGACUUCACUGUCUGCAUCUCUAACCUCUUUGGGAAGUACAACAAUGUUCUCCAGUUUGCCCAAACCAUGGAGAUGUACAAGCUCCUAGGGGUGCAGCGAGUGGUCAUCUACAACACUAGUUGUGGUCCAGAUUUGGAGAAGCUACUGCAGCACUACAGACGAGAGGGUAUUCUUGAGGUUGUGCAGUGGCCCAUUAACCAGUUCCUAAACCCUUCUCCGGGAUGGAACUUCGAGGAGCACAAGGGGGACCUCCAUUACUAUGGUCAGUUGGUCACUCUUAAUGAAUGUAUUUACAGAAACAUGUACCAAUCCAAGUAUGUUCUCCUGAAUGACAUUGAUGAGAUUAUUAUGCCUUACAAAUACACCAGUCUUCCACAACUGAUGGAGAUCCUACAAAAAGAGCAACCAGGAGCAGGUGUCUUUCUCAUUGAGAACCAUAUCUUCCCCAAAACUCAAUUUGAGGACAGUGGUAAAUUCAAGCGUCUGAAGUGGAAUAACCUACCAGGAAUCAAUAUCCUUGAACACAUCUACAGAGAGCCUGACAGGAAAAAUGUUUACAACCCUACAAAAAUGAUUGUCAUUCCAAGAAACGUGGUUCAGACAUCGGUUCACACUACACUCAAACAUUAUGGAGAGGUUUUCAAGGUCCCAUUUGAUGUAUGUCGGAUUGUGCACGUUCGCGUGCCUCUGCAAGGGAGCCUAACUAAAGAACAACUUUUUGAGGACAAGAGGUUGUGGGAGUUUGAGGGGGAUCUCGUUCCAAACGUGGAUGAUGCACUGCAAAAGUCAAGUUUGCUGAAAAUCUGA